GAGCAGGACAGUGCCUGUCCUGAUGAAAGUACAAAUGCACCCGUGGACAUAGAUGUACCCGAACUAAGGGUGUGUGCACAGAGAAAGCAGGUUACCAGCGCGCUGGUUUCCAGCGCCAACCCGCACCGGGAACCAGCGCGAUAGGGUGUUCACAGAGGACGCAGGUAACCAGUUUCGACCCGCUCGGUGAGCGACACGGACAGAGGCAGUACUCGUAUCUGUCAUCAAUGUACAAGAUGUCGAGCUCAUCGUCUGACGAUGACUUCAUGCUGCUUGAUAGUGUUCAUACAAAAGUCAAGAGAAAAAGAAGAGCAGUACAUGAAAUAAACUACAAGAGAGAAGAGUUUGGAGAAUAUCAUCAUCUUUUCAGUGAUCUGAAAAGGGACAACGCAAGAUUUUUUGAAUACACAAGGAUGACACAAGAGACAUUCAACUACAUUCUCAAGAAAGUUGAACAUCGUCUUGUGAAGACAUGGUGUAAUUGGCAUGAGCAACCCAUUCAACCUGAAGAAAGACUUGUCAUUACUAUCAGGUAUCUUGCCACAGGAUCGUCGUUCCGUUCCCUUGCAUUUUCGUUUAGGGUCGGAGUGACAACGGUGGGAAAGAUUGUUUCAGAGACUGUUAUCGCACUGUGGGAAGAACUACAUGAGGAACACAUGCCAGUACCAACAAAGGAGUCCUUCAAAAUGAUCGCUGAAGAUUUCUACAGCAUCUGGAAUUUCCCUAACUGUUUAGGCUCAAUUGAUGGAAAACAUAUCCGUGUUCAGUGUCCCCAAAAUUCAGGAUCAAUGUACUUUAACUACAAAAAGUUUUUUUCCAUUGUCCUUCAAGCUGUUGCAGAUGCACACUACAAGUUCAUUGCUGUUGAUGUAGGAGGCUUUUGGAAAGCAAAGUGA